GCCUAGAUGCCGUGUUCCAUUUUCUUUUUCUUUUCAUUCUCGAAACGGUAUUUACAGUACACCAUGGUAUUCUUCUGCUUUCUCGUUGAUCAGACCCGGAAAGUGCGGAGAAGCAAGCCGGCGGCGGGGACUUGCUCACGGUGCGGCGGUGGAGCCAGCGUAGCCGACAUGAAAACUUGCACAAGAUUUUGUUAUGUACCAUUCUAUUGGAAGUCCUGGAAAGCUAUUAUAUGUACUUUCUGUGGCGCCAUUCUUCGAUCUUAUCGAUAAUUAUUUCAAGUCUUUUUUUUGCUUCAUUUAGUUCUCUUUUGAGAAGAAGAAGAAGAAGAAGAAGAAGAAGAAAUAUGGUUUUUGGGGUUUGUAGUUUUUGCAGGUUUUAAUGGUAUGCAGCUGCCAAUUAGCAGGUAAGCUGAUUAGUCUUUUUCAGGAGUGAUGAGGGGUAUCGAGUUUUUUCAUCUAUUAAUUCUGAAGAGAUCAAUUAUUUUUAUGGCAAAAGAGAGGUUAUCUCUUAUUGUGUAACUCAUUAACCAUAGGUAGUUGAGGAGUAGUAAUGGCUGAAGCAGAGAGCUUGGUGUCUACUAAUUGUUCCAAAAUAUCAAUAUUAAUGGACAGAUAAAAUGUGAUUC